GAAUUUGCUGCAUCUGGAAUUUCUGCGCCAGAACACGAUGAGCUUGAUGUACUUCUUGAGAACAUAGCAGAAAGAGAAAGAGAUGCUAUCGCAGAAGCUAGUGAAAAGAAAGAUCAGGAGAAGGUUACAGCAGAAGAUAUCAGAAACCAAGCUUUGGAGCAGAUAGGACAAACAAAGAAACGAAAAUCUGAAGACGGCCAAGAGCCAAAGGAAAGGAAAUCCAGGAGAAGCAGUAAUGAGGCUCUCCAGUUUAUGCAGGAGAAGGCUGAAUCAGACAAGGCACUCCGAGAAGAAGAGCUAAAGAUAAGGAAAAAAGAAGAAGAAACCAAAGCUCCUCAAUUCCAAGCAAUGUUCACCCAGCAGCAAUCCUUCUUGCAAGCAAUGACCCAACAGCAGGCUCAACAGCAGCAACCGAAUCAACACAUGCAGAUGUUAAUGGCACAGCAAAGUCAGGCAAUGAUGUCUGUUUUGGAAAAACUCUUGUCAAAAGAGUGA